AUGAAGCCAUUGGAGGUGCUUCGUCCUCCACUUCUCUCCACAACUUCCACUACCUUCCGAAGCCGCUCUCCGGCGAAUGUCUUCCUUCGUAGUUCCCGAUUCCGCCCAUCGUGCUGCUCCAUUCCACCGGAGACAGUUCGGUAUCUUUCUCCCCUAAUUUUUUUGUUAGCGGUAUCGAUUCCUGUAUCACACUUUGCAAUGAACAAGGAACAAUUUGUUCUACUCCAGGUAAAUGUGGAUGCGCUGCGAUCUGAGUACAAGCCUGGAUUAGUGGACGAUUUGUUUCUGGAUGUGUUCAGAAGCAAAAUGGCGAAGGAGGUAGGAUGGGACUCGGAGAAGCCUGGAUAUGAGGGUCUGAUUGAAGUUGCCAAUCGUCUAAUGUUGACGGGCAGAAGCAGCUCUUAUACUAGAGAUGCAGCUGUUAGGAUACUGGUGUCUCUGUUUCCUCCAUUUUUGUUGGAGCUCUACAAAUUACUCAUCUCACCUUUAGCAGGAGGCAAAGUUGCUGCCAUUAUGGUUGCAAGGGUGACACAGGUAACAUGCCAGUGGUUGAUGGGGAAAUGCACAGUGAAUUCAGUUGAUAUCCCUGGUGGGAAAUCCUGGGAGAGUGGGGUUUUGGUGGAAAGAUGCAAGUAUUUGGAAGAAAGCAAGUGUAUUGGCAUUUGUAUCAAUACCUGCAAGCUUCCAACUCAGACUUUCUUCAACAACUACAUGGGAGUCCCUUUACUGAUGGAGCCAAACUUCACUGAUUAUAGCUGUCAGUUCAAGUUUGGUGUCCCGGCGCCGUUGCCAGAAGAUGAUAGUGCUCUGAAGGAGCCGUGCCUAGAGAUAUGCCCUGCUGCAAGUAGUAGAAGAAGGCAAGUUUCUCAGGGGGAUUACACAGGGCAAUGCCCCAAGGCGUAG